AUAAUUUUGUUUGAUCCGCCUAUUUUUGAUCAUGGAAAAAACAAUCGAAUCCAAUUACUGCACUUGCGGCGACGUGUUCAUUACUCGUUAUGCUCCAUUCAAUUUCCUGCGGGAGUUCCGGCACGCCUGCAUUGACUAUGAUUGGACUCCUCAGGAGCUGGUAAAUAAUGCCCUCGAGACCUGGCAGACCCUCACUUCUCUCGAGAAGUCACGGUUCGAGCAGGAUCAGUACUUGCCGUAUUUCAUCGCUGAGACGGUUGAACAUUUGUUGGAGGCCCAGGAGCAGAACGAGUCCAAGGAAAACGCCAAGGAGCCAAGACAGAAGCGUUGCCCAAAUAGGAAGCCCCACCAAAAAUGAUUUCAGGAAUAUAAUAUGUAUCCCAAUAACAUAACUUUUAUAUUCAAAUAUUGGCGGUAUCUCCAGCAGACUGUUAAUGGAAAACUGUUAACUUAUUAACAGAGCCUGUAACAUUGAUCAAUGUAACAUUUUCCCGCGCAAAUCCUUAACAGAAACUAAUUGAAAAAUGCAAUUAAAUUAAAGAUAUUUAUCUAAGUUAAUAUUAAUAAAAGCC